AUGGCCCCCGACUCUCGCCCUCUCGUUAUUUGCUACUUGAUGGCUGCCGUUAACGCCUUUGCCACUUUUGCCGAUUGUUCGAACGUGCCUGCGAUUACCGAACUCAGCAAGACUUUGCAGGCCUUCCAGCAACGCCUAAAGUACUCGAAAUACUGCAAGAAAGAGUGCACCGCGCUUGCAAACAAAUGUGGCGACUGGGCGCAAGAAUUCGAAGAAUGGGCAAAGGUUGUCGACAACACUGAAUUGGCUGAGGUUGCUAGCGAGCAGAGCAUGCGCUUCGAGGACAUAAUGCUCAGAGUCACAAAGAUAUCCUCAAGAUUGCGUUGGAAACUAUUGUGGGGCGCCGAGAAGGUCAAACGUGAACUGAACACCACUCGCGCCACGAUGAGCGGCGAUGCCACGGUCAACCACGUCCUGGAGAAGGGGCAGGAGAAUUUGGCGCUUACAAGAGAGCUGAAGGCAGACCUAGUGCAAGCUCGGGCCCAUGCGACACCUUCUCGACUAAGCAAGUCCGAGGGAGAGCAGAAAGAAUUCGAAGCCCAGGCUGGCAAGCCCAGUCAGGUGCCUACCCCUAAUGCUACAAAGAUGAAUGAGCCCGGCCCGCACAUCACUAUCCGGAACAUCACCCUGCCUGAGAUCCGGUCUGCCGUUGCGGACUAUGAGAAACGGACGGGGGUACGAUCGGUUGUUCCUGACCUGAAAGACGAGAUUUUCGUCAUAAAGGCACCCAACGGGCAAUAUAAGGAGUCCACUGGCAACGCCCGGACCCAGAUCCACAUCGGCAACUACAAAGGCCGCAGGGUCAGUUUUGUUGUUUUUACCUGCUCUACAAUCCGGCUGACAUCUCACUUACGGGUUGUGGUCAGGAGAUACGUGGUUGGAGUAACCGAUAUUGACGAGCUGAGAGAACGUUUCCUUGCCGAGACCUUGAUCUGGGGGCAGUUCAAUCAUCCACCCAUUCACCGCUUCUUCGGUGUGACCAACGAUACCGCAUUGGCGCAUACUGUGAUCGUCUCGGAAUGGGAAGACAACGGCAAUGCCGUAGACUACAUCACCAAGAGGCCUGGCGAUCUGGCUGUCAGGCUUCGUUUAUUGAUUGGCGCAGCUGAAGGCUUGAUAUAUCUGCAUGGCCUUGGCAUCGUACAUGGGAAUCGUACGUGGUUGUAUGCUGGUGAAGCCCUCAUCACCGGUUUCCAACGUGGAAAGCUAGAUGCCGAUACCGAGGAGGACAAGGUGGUGUCUACCCGGCGGGAGUUUGACACGAACUGGACGGCGCCGGAUCUAGCGGACGCGUACCGACGGCCGUGCGCAAAGCUUGAUGCCUGGGCGUUCGGCAUGAUCAUGUACGAGCUGCUGAGUGGGCGGGAGCCCUACGACAACUUCCGGGGUGGGGGGCGAAUCCUGAAGCAGAUCACGAUCGGAGUACUGCCGGAGCGGCCCCUGCACGCGCUCGUCACGGACGAGCUGUGGGAGCUCAUGGGAGACACCUGGAACCAGAAACCUGAGGAUCGGCCUAAUAUGGAGCAGGUCCUCGUUCGUCUACGCGCACUGCAGGCAACGAAUGACUUACAGGACGCCAGUUCUUGAUUUUGGUUGCAUGAUAUAGGCACACAGUGCUGUAAUCGUCGUUGUAUGUGACCAUGGAGCUCACGGACCCUAGCAUAGAAUACCCUGCUCCG